CUAACAACAACAAAAAGCUGCGCCGUCUCCCUCUCUUCUCUCGAUUCGCCGCCGCCAUUGGAGCCGCCGCCCCACACAGCCAGGGUAUCCUCCGCCUACUCUAACCCUAACCCUAACCGAUCCCCUCCGCCGCCCACCACCCCCUCUCCCUAUUGUUCUCUAAUGCCGGCGCCGGAGGAGGACGAGGAGGCGCUGCUCACCCGCGUGCAGGCCAUCAUCACGCGGCUCCUCGACCUCGAGGACAACCCCAAUCCCCGCCUCCUCCACACCCUCGCCACCAUCUGCGAGACCCACGAAGCCAGAUAUGUGCAAGAAUGUGCAAAUAAUCCAUCGUACAAUAACACAAACACAAGGAACUCCCAUACAAUUGGCAAGUUGGCAAACUUGCUCCGGGAGAAUGACGACUUUUACGAGUUAGUGUUUUGUAAGUUCUUAUCGGACAAUUCAUACUCUGCUGCAGUGCGUUCUGCUGCUGCUAGGCUGCUCCUAAGCUGCUAUUCUGCCUGGACGCCCCAGUAUCCUCAUGCAUUUGAAGAUGCUAUUAUCGAAAAUAUAAAAAAGUGGGUGACAGAAGAUGGUGGACCGUCAAAUGAGUGUGAAUUGAAGCAUCUAGGAAGGAAUAACAAACCAACAGAUGCUGACAUGCUGCGGACAUAUGCCAUUGGGUUGCUUGCUAUGGCACUGUGUGGCGGUGGGCAGUUGGUAGAAGAUGUCUUAACCAUGGGGGUAUCAGCUAAGCUCAUGCACUUUUUGCGUAUACGAGUGCAUGGGGAUGUUGCGUCAGCCCAGAAAGAUUCUAAUCUUCCACUAGAUACCAAGCAUCCUCGGAGCAGAGAUGAGAACAGGAGCAAAUCACGUCUGGUUCAAGACAGUUCUCGGUUGGAUGGAAUGAGGUCUGGAGAUGGAGUUUCAGCUGACCCAACUUCAGAAAAGGACUGUGACCGUGUUAUGGGAAUGUGGCAUGCACAUGGAGAACGGUGGAUAGAUGAUGCUGUGUCUCUGCAGCAUGAGCGUGCUGAUUCAUCGUCGGAUCUUUUUGAUGUGACUGAGGCUGGUACAACCAAUGAUAGAGCUUAUAGUGCAAGCAUUUAUGAUACAAAGCCAAGGGUUGGGGAACGGCUUUCCGCUUUGAGGCCUGGAAGAGAUGAAGAGUUGAACGAAAAUGUGAGAGAUGAUCUGUUGAAGAGGAAGUUGACUCGAACAGGAUCACGACUUAGGGGGAAGGGCAGAGCAGGUGAAAGCUUGCCUGAAAGUGAAAGAACACCUUUGUCACCAACCUCAGGAUUGAAAAUAGGAACUCGGACCAGCAGAGAGAAGAAUGUGGCGAGGAUUGAAGAUGCAAAGAAGGACAUUGAUGUGAACAACAGCUCAACAAGCCUUGAGCCAUUUACUGCAAUUUCCAAAGAAGAGUAUGAGGAUCGGUUCAAGGAUUGUAUUAUUGGCUUAAAGGAUAUAUCUGACAUUGUUUUAAAGGCUGUGAGAGCUGCUGAAGCUGAAGCCAGAUCUGCAAAUGCACCUGAUGAAGCUGUAAAAGCAGCAGGCGAUGCGGCUGCUGAGCUUGUGAAAUCUGCUGCAUCGGAGGUUUGGAAAAGUGGAAAUAAUGGUGAUGCGGUUGUAUUAGCUGCUGAGAAAGCUGCGGCUACUGUAGUGGAGGCUGCUAUGUCAACUAGUGUCUCACGAAGCUCUAACCAAGUUAGUGAAGAGCAUGUGGUGGAAGAACCUGUGCAAAUUAGCGAGGACCAUGAGUUGGAAGAUUUUGUUAUCACUGACCAUGGGCAGCUUCUCCAACUUAGAGAAAAAUAUAGCAUUCAGUGCCUACAGGUUUUGGGAGAGUAUGUUGAAGCAUUGGGUCCUGUUCUCCAUGAAAAGGGUGUUGAUGUUUGCCUUGCAUUAUUACAACGGAGCAUUAAAGACCAAGGGGGAAAUGGCCACUUUACACUUCUUUCUGAUGUCCUUCGAUUAAUUUGUGCCCUGGCUGCCCACCGGAAAUUCGCUGCACUCUUUGUUGACCGUGGUGGUAUUCAGAAGAUUCUCUCUGUUCCUAGGAUUGCUCAGACAUAUACUGCUCUUUCUGCCUGCUUAUUUACUUUUGGUUCCCUCCAGUCAACCAUGGAACGUAUUUGUGCACUUUCAUCUGACACACUCAAUAGUGUGGUUGAACUGGCACUUCAACUUCUUGAGUGUCCACAAGAUUCAGCAAGGAAAAAUGCAGCCAUAUUCUUUGCUGCUGCCUUUGUGUUCAAAGCUAUUCUGGAUUCAUUUGAUGCACGGGAUGGUAUGCAAAAAGUUCUGGGUAUUUUACAUGGUGCUGCUUCAGUAAGGUCUGGUGGUAACUCUGGAGCACUAGGAUCCUCUAAUGUAAACCAAGGGAAUGAUCGGUCACCUGCUGAAGUUCUGACUGCAUCAGAAAAGCAGGUUGCGUACCAUUCAUGUGUUGCACUAAGGCAGUACUUUAGGGCUCAUCUGCUUCAGCUUGUUGAUUCUAUUCGACCAAGCAAAAGUAUCCGCAGUAUUGCUCGGAGCACUUCUAGUGCAAGAGCUGGUUACAAACCAUUUGACAUUGGUAAUGAGGCUAUGGAUGCUGUUUUUCGUCAGAUCCAGCGUGACAGAAAGUUAGGUCCUGCUCUUGUGAGAACUCGUUGGCCUGUACUGGAUAAAUUUUUGGCGUCGAAUGGUCAUAUAACAAUGCUAGAGCUGUGCCAGGCUCCACCUACUGAUCGCUAUCUACAUGACUUAACACAAUAUGCAUUUGGAGUUCUUCACAUUACAACACUUGUGCCAUACUGCCGCAAACUGAUAGUACAUGCUACAUUAAGUAACAAUCGUGUUGGCAUGUCUGUCCUAUUAGAUGCAGCAAACAGUUUUGGCUACGUUGAUCCUGAGGUGAUAUGUCCAGCACUGAACGUUCUUGUCAAUCUUGUGUGUCCCCCUCCUUCUAUCAGUAACAAACCAUCAUUAGCCGGUAACCAGCAACCUGCAGCUGCCCAAGCAAUUGGUGGGGCAUUUCCAGAAAACAGAGACAAGAAUGCUGAAAAAUAUACUGCAGAUAGAAAUGUAACUGCAAAUCAGGGUGAACCUCGGGAACGUUGUGGUGAUGGUAGCACAUCACAACAGGGGAAUACGACACAGAUUAACACACCUGUUGUGCCAUCUGGGGUGGUUGGUGAUCGGAGAAUAUCUUUAGGAGUAGGAGCUGGGGGUCCUGGUCUUGCUGCUCAAUUGGAACAAGGGUAUCGUCAAGCUCGAGAAGUGGUCAGAGCUAAUAAUGGUAUAAAGAUUCUUUUACAGCUUCUCAGUUCUCGAAUGGUUACACCUCCCGUGGCUAUUGAUCCUAUUCGAGCACUUGCCUGUCGCGUCCUACUUGGCUUGGCUAGAGACGAUGCAAUUGCACAUAUACUGACUAAGCUCCAGGUAGGAAAGAAACUAUCAGAACUGAUUCGUGAUACCAGUGGCCAGUCAAUUGGUGGUGAUAAUGGUAGAUGGCAAAAUGAACUGACCCAAGUGGCAAUUGAACUAAUUGCGGUACUGACAAAUUCUGGAAAAGAAACAACCUUAGCAGCGACUGAUGCUGCUGCUCCAGCACUGAGGCGCAUUGAACGAGCUGGAAUAGCUGCUGCGACUCCUAUCUCAUACCAUUCCAGGGAACUAAUGCAACUUAUACAUGAACAUCUCAUUGGAUCUGGUCUUACUGCUACUGCUGCCAUGCUGCAAAAGGAGGCUGACCUUGCACCUUUGCCAUCAACAGCUGCAGUGAUUCCUGUCCACCAGGUUGCUGCCCAGGAGGCAUCAUCUGCUCAGAAGCAGUGGCCUUCUGGUCGCGUUCAGGGAUUUGUGCCAGGCACAACAAAGAUGACAAUAGACCAAACUGGCCAGAAAUGUGAUUCUCUCUUGCCUUCUUCAAAGAAGAAGUCACUGUCCUUCUCGUCCAGUUUCUCGAAGAGAGCUCAACCUUUGCAUCUAUUUUCUGGUAAUAGAGCAAGCAAUGGCUUGAAAAGUCCUGUGCCUACUGGGAAUGUUGACGAUAUGAUUUGCGCUGCUUCUACUGUCAAUACUGGAGAUGCAGAGACAUCUCAUAAAACCCCAUUAUCGUUGCCACAAAAGAGGAAGCUAGUGGAUAUGAAGGAUCUUAGUUCAGCGACAGCAGCAAAGCGCCAUGCAAUGGUGGAUCAAGCAUGCCAAUCUCCAGUAUUUCAAACGCCUGCUCCUACUCGCAGAGGCCUAUCAGUGGCAGUGGAUUCCCCUACUGCUACAUUUCAUUCUGGACGGCCAAAUUUCAACAACAUUUACAUGGAGAACCUGGAUGAUUCUCAAGGCACACCUGGAGCAACAAUUACCACACCACAUCAUGGUGCAAAUGAUCAUCAGUCAGUAAAUUUGGAGCGUAUGACACUCGAUUCACUGGUUGUACAAUACUUAAAGCACCAACACCGCCAGUGUCCUGCUCCAAUAACAACUUUGCCACCACUCUCUUUGUUGCAUACUCAUGUUUGCCCUGAGCCCAGUCGCAGCCUUAGUGCACCAGCAAACAUGGCUGCUCGCAUGGGAAGCCGUGAGAUAAGGAGGCAAUUUAGUGGGAUCCAAAUACCUCGUAGGGAUCGCCAAUUUAUCUACAGCAGGUUCAAGCUAUGCCGUGUUUGCCGUGAUGAAUCCUCACUUUUAACUUGCAUGACAUUUCUUGGUGAUGCAUCACGAGUUGCAGCUGGGAACCACACUGGGGAAUUAAGAAUAUUUGACUGCAACACUGCAAAUAUCCUAGAGACCCAGGCAUGUCACCAACAACUUGUUACAAUAGUAGAGUCAGCAUCUUCUGGAGGAAAUGAGCUGAUUCUUACGUCCAGCGUGAAUGAGGCUAAAAUCUGGGAUGCCUUCUCAUUAUCUGUGGGGCCUUUACACACUUUUGAGGGCUGCAAAGCUGCUCGGUUUAGCCAUUCUGGAACUUCAUUUGCUGCCCUUUCUAGUGAUACAACUCGCCGGGAGGUUCUACUGUAUGAUGUUCAGACAUAUAAUCUUGAUCUGCGGCUUCCAGAUAACUCCGGCUAUUCAGGUGGCCGGGGUUAUGUACAACCCAUUAUACAUUUCAGUCCAUCGGACACAAUGUUGUUGUGGAAUGGAGUCCUGUGGGAUAGACGAAGUCCAAACCCUGUCCAUCAGUUUGACCAGUUCACUGACUAUGGCGGUGGUGGCUUCCAUCCAGCUGGAAAUGAGGUAAUAAUAAACUCAGAAGUGUGGGAUCUAAGGAAAUUGAAGCUUCUGAGGAGUGUUCCUUCCCUGGACCAGACAGUAAUAAAAUUUAAUGGCAGAGGGGAUGUUAUCUACGCCAUUCUCAGGCGUAAUCUUGACGAUGUAACAUCAUCCAUUCACACUCGUAGGGUCAGACAUCCUCUGUUCCCUGCAUUCCGCACGAUUGAUGCCGUGACUUACUCAGAUAUUGCAACAGUCCAAAUUGACCGUGGUGUCCUUGAUCUUGCAACUGAACCCAAUGAUUCUCUUCUUGGGGUUGUUGCUAUGGAUGAUCCUGAUGAGAUGUUCUCUUCUGCUCGCCUAUUUGAAGUUGGCAGGAAGCGUCCAACUGAUGAUGAUUCAGAUCCGGAGGAUGCAGGUGACACGGAUGAUGAAGAUGACGAUGACAAUGAUGACUCAGAAGAUGGUAUUAUUCCUUUGACUGAUAUAACAGGCGACAGUGAUUCUGAUAUAAGUAACAGCAGUGAUGAUGGUGGUGACGAUGAAGAUAUUGACAGUGGGGAUGAAAAUGAUGACGAUGACGAUGAUGCUGAGUUCAUUGAAGGGGGAGGAGGACUGCUGGAGAUUAUGGGUGAAGAGGAUGGUGAUGAGAGUGAUAUUAUGGGCUCAUUUAGCAGCGGCGACGAAGAAGGAUGGAUCAUGUAAGCAUAGAGGUCACAAUAUUCCCUGAAGGGCGGCCGUGUGUUUGUGUGGUGAGGGAUUAAGCUCGAAUGCAAGAGCUUAUGGAACCAUGGGGAUUCUCUGGGUUGGCAGCCACAACUUUUGAAUUCGCAUGCACAAAUUAUGAUUGUAAGUAGUGCAUUUCUGGGGUAGAUGGGGGGUGGUUAGAUUCAAACAUAAAUUUGAGGCAUUAGAUGAUGUAAGUAAAAACUGGUGAGAUUUUUGCGUUUCGUCUAAGAAAGGCCCGUCAUCAAUUAAAAGUUUUGCAAAUUUACAACCUACCUGUGGUCUUGUGCUGUAGUUGAUGAAGUUGCCAAGUGCUAUACUCGGGCACUGGGGAGUAUAAAUUGGAGCUCACUUUGCAUGUAAUUUACAAACGUCAAGUGGGACGCUCGGACGUGUUUGAAGCAUUUUUAUAUUAUUUUCUGUAACGAAAGCUAGCCUCGUCAUUGAUCGCCUGUGUUUCAAGAUAAAACAUUU